AUGGCUGCCAUUGCUAUGUUAUAUCUACCAGGAGUUAGAAGAGAAAAUCAUUAUAGAGGUUUUAAUCCAUUGACUAAAGAUUUUAGUGACGAGGAACUACGACAAAGGUACAGGUUUGGAAGAGAAAGCAUUGAAUUUAUAGCCAAUGAGUUGAGAGCAGACUUGGAGAGAAAUACGAGAAAAAGAACAGCCUUGUCAGUUGAAGAACAAGUCAUGAUUGCCCUUCGUUUUUAUGGGAGUGGAAGCCAGCUGCAAGUGGUCGGAGAUACUAUGGGCUAUGACAAGUCUACUGUGUCACGAGUAGUUAGAGAUGUUACCGACGCCUUGGUAGAUAGGAAAGACCAGUACAUAAAAUGGCCUACAGAAAGACAGAAAAAUAUAAACAAACGUGUUUUUUAUGAAAAAGCUGGGUUUCCUAAUGUUAUCGGAUGUAUAGAUGGGACACACGUACAUAUACAAGCACCUACCGAAGAUAUACCUAGAUAA